AUGGGGCAAUUUUGUGAGGUGGAGGACCUAGAGUACGAUAAGGCUCGAUCUCAUCUUAUGGACUUGCUUGGUGUCGACCGCGCCAAAGCUUCAACCGAGAUGAAGAAGUCACGCGGUCCAAAAGUGCGGUUGAGCUGGCUCCGCGAGGUCUACCACGAUUGCAUUCAGCAUGAGCUUUGGGAGUGCGCUGCUCGGGCGUAUUUGUUGCAUCUGCUUGGAUGCACAAUUUUUACUAAUAAGAGUGGGACAUUGAUUUGUGUCUCGUACCUCAUUCUGUUGCGAGACUUGAAUGCAUGUUCGAGAUAUGCCUGGGGAGCAGCUGCACUAGCACAUACUUAUGAGCAGCUAGGAGAUGCUAGCUUCUAUGGUGUCAGACAGAUAGCUGGAUAUGCCACUCUUCUACAGAGUUGGAUAUGUGAGCACCUUCCUGAGAUGGGAAGGAGGCGAGUCUUAGAUACGUACACAGACCUCCAUCCCAAGCUUCACGAUACAUACCUUCGAGACAAGGUUAGAGUCUUAUGGAGGGGCGUAGAUAUCUGGAUGGGCUCACGAUGGAUCCGACUAGGCAACAUGAUUCACCGACAUCUGCCUGAACGCGUGUUGCGUCAGUUUGGUUUUGUGCAUAUCAUACCACGUUCGCCUGAGAGCCUUCCGAUGGCAGAUAUUCAUACGAUUGAUCUACAUUGGUUGAGGUAUGUAGACCAUGCCUUUAUUGGUGUCGUUGAAGCUGAGGACCCCUCUACGUGUGUUGACGAAUACCUGGUGUGGUUUAGACGGGUGUCCCACCUGUACAUCACUCCAGGUGACGACGAUGAUCGACCCAGUCUUGCACCGCGCAUGAGGGUGGUUGCUCGUAGAUCUGUUGAGGAGUACGAGGAUGCUACUACUAGUAGAGGUGCUCGUCAUUUGCGUGGACGAGCAUCAUUUUCUUAA